UUUCAGGGUGCACUGGAGGCAUGUGGUAAGGUGUCACUCUUAGAGGUCUUCACCAAAACUGCUGCAGUCAAGGUGGGUCCUGACAAACCACUGGAGGGGGUUCGAUUAGCUGCUCUGCAGGCAGGAAAAACAUUGCUUGUUCCAACACCUCGGCUAAGAACUGGAUUACUCAACAGGAUCAUUCCACCAAAAGGUGCAACCAAACAAGAACUGUGUGUUUGUUCUACUUCUCAGGGUAUUAAAGAUUUCAGUGUCCCGAUUGGUUUAGAUGACAAAGUUCAAGUGGAUCUUGUCGUAGUUGGAUCUGUGGCUGUAUCUGAUAAAGGCUACAGAAUUGGAAAAGGUGAAGGCUUUGCAGAUAUGGAAUAUGCUCUGAUGGCAUGUAUGGGAGCUGUGGGUGAAUCCACUGUGGUCGUCACCAUUGUUCACGAUUGCCAGGUCAUGGAUAUUCCAGAGGAACUCAUUGAAAGUCAUGACCUCACAGUUAACUUCAUUCUAACUCCAACAAGAAUCAUCAAAACUGAAUGUAAACACCCCAAACCACAAGGCAUCAUUUGGUCAAAGUUAGACACAGAAGUACUAAAGAAAAUACCAAUUCUGAAGACACUACGAACACUGGAGCAGGAAGCUGGGAAAGAUGUUGCUUUAAAGACAACACCUGGAGAGGAUGAAACUAAGAAAUCCAAAGAGCUAAAAUGGCAACCUGAUUGUUAUCCUAAAGCUGAGCUUCAAUGUGAAUGUAUAACUUCUGAAGGUGACAAGUGUGCUGCAUUUGAGUGCAAGUUCCCUGAAAGUCCUGUCACCACUGUGUACUGUAGUGACAUUCCCACUGGAUUACGUGUGAGUGAGUUGAAGAGCUUGCUCAGAGAACAAGAAGCUGUUCCUCUGAGAAUCAUCUGGCAGGGUGCAAAGCACAGGGCAUUCAUGCUGUAUGCCAAUGACACGGGCACAGAGCAUGCUCUCACCACUCUAAAUCUCUCCAUUUAUGGCCACACCCUACAUGCUGAAUGUGUCAGGAGUCAUACAAAACAGGAUACAAAACUGGCUGAUAAAGGACACUAGGCUCCUAAAGAAUGUAGUGUGUUUAAUCCAGCAUUCUGACCUGUAUACCUUUCUAAACAAUAAUCAUGUUUUCUAAAUAAUUAUUUAUGGUCCAGUGUAUGCUUGCAACUGGUCAAGUGGAUCUGAUCUCUCACACAAGGAAUCUAAGAAUCUUGAAAAAACAGGUAAUGAAAAUGUGAGUUCAGCUGAAAUCACACAGCCUGAGGAUAAUAAAGCGUUAUGUUGAA